GACUGAGAGCGAGAGAGAGAACAGCUGAGGCGAAGACAUGUAACAUAAAAAGGGGGAAGAGGGAGAAAGCAGAAGUGAUUUCAGCAUCCCAGCAAGUUGCACAUUCUAAUCAAAGGGGAAGAGAAAGUUGGUGAGUGUGAGAGAUUUUUAUUUUUUCGCAAGGGAGGGCAGAGAAGUCAUCCGACUCGGGGAUUAAGUGAAGCAAAGCCACUCAGGGAAACAGUUGGGAGUCUCUCUAUGACAAGGAGUUACUGUCAACAGCCACAGUGUGGAUUGAAGGUUUUCUGAACUUCCCCUUUUCACCGAGCUGAGCGGCGUGUCGAAGGAGCAGCUCGGCUACUAACGGCGACUUCACACACAGAUACAGAAUCCCUCUCUGAGGCCAUGGGGACGGUGAGCGAGCUAUGUGUGUCCAGCCUUCAGACGUUCUUGUGCCCAGCUGUGAAGACGCCUCCAGUUCCAGACGAUCUCACCCCGGCGGAGCAGCAGGAGCUGGAGAAUAUCCGCCGGCGAAAGCAAGAGCUGUUGGAGGACAUUCAGCGGCUGAAGGAUGAGAUAGCAGAAGUGACCAGUGAGAUUGAGAAUCUCGGCUCCACUGAAGAGAGGAAAAAUAUGCAGAGGAACAAACAGGUGGCCAUGGGCCGAAAGAAAUUCAACAUGGACCCCAAAAAGGGGAUCCAGUUCCUGAUUGAGAAUGACUUGCUGAAGAACACCAGCGACAACAUUGCUCAGUUCCUCUACAAAGGCGAGGGUCUGAACAAAACWGCCAUCGGGGAUUAUCUGGGAGAGAGAGAUGAAUUCAAUAUCCAAGUCCUCCAUGCUUUUGUGGAGCUUCAUGAGUUCACAGACCUCAACCUGGUUCAGGCCCUGAGGCAGUUCCUGUGGAGUUUUCGUCUUCCGGGAGAAGCCCAGAAGAUCGACCGUAUGAUGGAAGCCUUCGCUCAGCGCUACUGCCAGUGCAACCCUGGUGUUUUCCAGUCCACAGACACGUGCUACAUCCUUUCGUUUGCCAUCAUUAUGCUGAACACCAGCCUUCACAACCCCAACGUGAAGGACAAGCCGACCGUGGAGCGUUUCAUCUCUAUGAACAGAGGCAUCAACGACGGAGGAGACCUACCUGAAGACCUGCUCAGGAAUCUAUACGACAGCAUAAAGAAUGAACCUUUCAAAAUUCCCGAGGACGACGGCAAUGACCUCACACACACUUUCUUCAACCCGGACAGAGAAGGCUGGCUGCUGAAGCUGGGAGGGGGCCGUGUUAAAACUUGGAAGAGAAGAUGGUUCAUUCUCACAGACAACUGUCUUUAUUACUUCGAGUACACCACAGACAAAGAGCCCAGAGGCAUCAUACCGUUGGAGAAUCUGAGCAUCAGGGAAGUUGAGGACAAGAAGCCUAAUUGCUUUGAACUUUUCAUCCCCGACAACAAAGAUCAGGUAAUAAAAGCUUGCAAAACUGAGGCRGAUGGACGCGUUGUCGAGGGCAACCACACCUUCUAUCGCAUCUCUGCCCCCACUGCAGAGGAGAAAGAUGAAUGGAUGAACAGCAUAAAAGCUGCUAUUAGCAGGGACCCCUUUUAUGAGAUGCUUGCAGCCAGGAAGAAGAAAGUGUCGUCAAUUAAGAGGCACUGAGCUCCUGCGACGUUGCACUUGACAGAAAAAGGGGGCUGGAGGUCUGACUCUCUGCCUCCCCCACCUGGGUAGGUGCAGAAGCCACGGUUGAGGUCCCCCUCAGAUGUCUCCAAGGGAUUCUUCACGGAUUGGUUCUGGAACUCUACAGGCCAUAAAAAAAUAAAUAAAUAGGAAGCAUGCUGGGGAUUUAGAUAAGAGCCGGGUCAAAGCUUCCUCCAACCUUCUGUCUGAAUGUCUAGUCUUUUCUCUCACAGCUUUGGAGGUUCUGUGUCUCAGGCAGGAAGGGAAUCUUGCUGGUAAAAUCCCCUUUGAAAAAGCUUUAAAAAGUCAUUAUUCAAAUUCAUUGCAUAUAUUGACAAGAGGCUCCUCUUGCACACGUCGUUUUUACUCAGCAGGUCUGACYCAAGUGUGGCACCAACAACCAAAAGAUUCCUCAAAGCUCUUCUCUGAUGUGCUUUAAUAUCUUUUAGUAACAAGUGUCUAUUUUUAAAGCUUUCACCGUUUGAGUUCUUUUUGUCUGCCUUUGAAUAUAAUAGAGCUUUCUUGCAGCAGUAGCUGCUGAAAGACUUUCAGAUGGAGGGUUGGAGCCAUUUGGAAUAUUUAGUCCUUUUUUUUUCUUUUUAAAGAAAGUGUAACUCUAAAACCUGUUACAAAAGAGUUGCCACUCAGGAGAUUAAAACAACAAUGGAGAGCUCUUCACGACACAGCUCGCCUCUCUGAGUCAGAAUCGUUGAGUUUGUUUUCUAAAUAUCCGGGAGAUGCUUCACGAGGAUUAGAGAUGAGCAUCUUCAUCACCUUAGUCUGCAAAACACAUUUAUUGGCUCCAUUUWUCCCACUGCAACACAACUCUGGACAUUUWGUUUAAAACAGAUAUUUAUUUUUUUCUAAUUUGAUCAAUUUGAUUAUUCCAAAGUUUUAUUGAAACGGCGUAAGGAUAAAUAGAGACAAAUAUGUAAUAAUUUGCAAAGUGGACCUUGACUGUUGGGAGACUUAAUCAUCUCCAGUUAUCCAGUUCGCACUUGUACACCCCAAACUGAGCUCUGAAAAAUCUCCGUUGCCAUGCAGACGGUGGGUUUCCUUUUUACAAAGCUUCCAGGUUAGUGUGGACAGAGCCUUAGUUGCUUUCUCACACUCUUUGUACUUUAUAUGAAACAAAAGAUCAGCAUCACUGUCUAAUACUGAGAUUUAAAUGCUAGAGAACGUUAGUGCUUGGCACUUUUUAGAAAAUGUGACUGGAAUUGCUGCUGGUUGGCGAGCCUGAUUUAGUUUUCUUUAUCCUUUCAAGCACAGAUUUUUCAUUCUUCCUUCUUGUUUGUCUUUUUAAUUUUUGAUGCAGCAUUUGCUUUUUAUUUUUUUGACAUAACCUCUGACYAUUGUAAAAUACUGUAAACUCCAGGUUGUUUGUGUGGAAGCCAUAUUGUAAAAAAAAAAAAAAAAAGUUGCUGUUGAAGCUCUAAACUAUGCCUGUAAACGAGUGGGAUGUACUUCGUCUCAGGAUGUUKUUUUUGUAUGAAAUAGGGCGGAUGGGAGGGCUGCAGCAGUGACAAACUGAAAAUACAAUCGCAAAUUGUACAUUUAGUUUUCUUUCUUUUCUUUUCCUUGUCCAGAGUUGAUUAUCUGUUCAGUUUCCUGUUUGUCAUCCUUUCGGCGACUGCUCCCAAGAGGAUUAGGAAAGAAUGCAGAGCGGUCAAAAUUCUCAACAGUAUUGUUUUAUUUAUCAAAGUUGUACAUAUUUAAAUAUAUAGUUGGCAUUUUGUCCUGAGUUUUGUUAGUUUUGACAUUAUUUUGUUUAGUACACUGUUAUAGUAUUUCAGAUUUAUUCAGUGCCAUUUACUCAAUUUGAAAUAAAGCCUCAUUUGUCUCAA